AGUAGUGUCUGUUUCCUUUCCCAUGGCAGUUGGUAAGCAUUUACUGCGUGUCUUCCCUCUUCUCUCUCUCCUCUCUCUCUCUCUCCCCUCCAUUUUGAUUGAUUGAAGAAUUCCUCACUCCUCAGCAGCAGCAGCACCCACACGCUCUCUCUCAAAUUCCGUGCAUUCUCUUCACUCAAAAUCCUCAGAUCUGUUCAAACUCCGCUGCUCUGCCCCUCGCAUUCUGCCGGGCUCCAUUGAUUUUUGGCCUUCUGUUACUUGUUCGAGUUGUUCGAAUCAGGGAUUUCUCAUUUGGGUUUGUGGGAUUUUCAUCUCAAUUGCAUUCAAAUGUGCCAAAACUCUGCUCUUGCUUUGCACACCACCACGAAGAGAAGCUGCAUCAAUUUACUUUUUGACUAGAAAAAAGUAAAAGAUGAAGAGAAUGAACUCAAUUUGAUGGGUUCUGGGUUUCUCCCUACGACAAUAAACUGAAGGGCUCAUUAACAUUAUAGCUUUUGGGUGCUAAGUAGUAAAGGCUAAAUUCGCUAUGUUGCUUGUUCUUCUUGCGAAUUGGUUUGUUUAAUGCAGAGUCAUUAGAGGUUUUCGGCGCUGGAGUGGGAUAACUUGGCUGUUUUGUGCUUUUCUAGUUUUUUGGUUUGCUUUCCUUUUUGUUGAUUGAGAGUACAAGGGAAGAACUUUAGGGGGACCAACAUGCUGGAGCCUGAGUUCUGUUCUUCUCGGAUUCUAUCACCUUUUCGGGAGGAAAGCGGGGACGAAGAGCUUUCUGUGCUUCCUAGGCACACUAAAGUUAUUGUAACAGGAAACAACAGAACAAAGUCUGUGUUGGUUGGUUUACAAGGAGUCGUCAAGAAGGCUGUUGGUCUUGGUGGUUGGCAUUGGCUGGUUUUGAAGAAUGGGGUGGAAGUGAAGCUGCAAAGGAAUGCUCUUAGUGUUUUGGAACCUCCCACUGGGAAUGAAGAAGAAGAUGACGAUGAUUUUGAUAUAUCUAGCGGCAGCUCUGACAUUGGUGAAAAGUAUAACGAUUUCUCUACUGGGAUUGAGUUCAGCAAAGUAAGCAAGCCAAGAGUUAGGUAUACAAGGCCAUGGAUUUCAUCUAUAUCAUCUAAGUCAACUAAUCGUAGUACUUGCAAGGAAGUUCAGUCCCAUAUUCGGCCACCUCAAUUGAGAGCGAACUUGGCAAAAUUAGGAACCAGCUCCUUGUGGAGAUAUUGGCGAAGCUUCAAACUUGGAAGCCCUAACCCUAAUCUUACUAAAGCACAGUUGGUUGAUGCUGUUCAGCAGCAUUUUGCUUCACAGCAAAUUGACGAGUUCCAAGUGAUUUCAGACUUUAUUCAUGCAGCAAAGAGACUGAAAUCGGUUGAAACAUACAGAGAAUGACCGGGAAAUCGGAUGUUUAGUAUGUCGUAGAAGUAAUGUAAUAUAUGCAUGUUAACUCUAACCAUUGACUCCAAUUUAGUUAGGCUGCUGUGGAGUGCAUCCCUAACCCUUUAUUAGUAUUUAGGUUGUUGCGGCUUUUGCCCCAGAUUACAUUAUUACCGUAACUUCAUGUUAUGUAUAGCUCUUCAUUACCA